ACUAAAUUGACCGGUCUACUGCUUUUGUAACUGUGUUCUCUACUUACGACUUUUACCGCUAUCCACAACUACGGUUCUAUAGCUUUUUGCAGAGAGACCAUUAUUUCACGUGAAUGAGGCUCUGCUACUAGUUGUAAUUACGGGUUACUGCCAGUGAUGAGCUAGUAAUUACUGCAUGUGGGUUUUCUCUACGGCCGUAAUACUGCAGUACUUUACCGGUUCUUAUUACCCAAACUGAUACUACCACAUAACUUGUCUCGAACACAUCCUCCGCCCCUAGGGUCUCCUCGAGCCGAAGCAUACCGCGAUGGAGGGAGAUACGGAGAGAUUCUAGCAUAUACACACAUUUCUGGAUUUCCGGCAUAGUUAAACCCUGGUGUAUCUUGAGCUGGUAAAGAGAUGACUAUACAUGCUUAAGGUUACCGGGAGGUCAUGUGAUGUGUGAACUUAGUUGAUUCGCAUAUUUAUUCUACAGUAGUACAUACCCUGUUUUAUAGUGCUUCAUGCCAUAUAGGCACCACUAGGCUACAGCUACCAAGAUAUAAUAAUGAGUUGUUACGCGGUUAGGUCACAUUGCAUCGAUGAGGAACGUGAUCAGAUGCUAGACGAUCAGAUGCUAGACCCUCAACACCACUAGCGUGCGUUAGCGUUGGAAGCAACCACUGGCUAUAUUGCAACGUUCCUCUUGCCCCUAAAUAUCGUCAACCCACCUCCUAGCAUCACCUAAUGUGCGAAUCUCCGUACGGUGGAUCUCAGAGUUCGAAAGCAAGCAGUCGACAUUGAAAGUUUAGCAGCCUCUGUUGGCUGUGAUGGCUACCACGGCCGACCUCAAUGACCUCCAGGCCGAAAGUCAAGGCAGUACUGCCAGGAUGGUGCGUGCAAGGCAGCACCAACAGCAACCAGUGCGCAACGGAAUUGUCCGCGCAUGUAUAGCUUGUCGACAGAUGAAGAUGAAAUGUGUUGGCGCUGAUAACCCACCCUGCGCCAAGUGUAUCAAGGCAGGCAGAAUAUGUCAACCCCAAUUGCCUGCACAUGAUCCCUACCAAUAUGGUCAACCUCAUCCUCAAGCUCAUUCACAUUCACCGCGUCAUAUAAGUCGUAGGUUAUCGAGCAAUUCAGCUUAUGAGUUAGAGCGCCCCAUAAGGGGCCAUGGCAUGGUCGACACGAUCCCCCGACCAACCACCCAAACACUCCAGAAUCAGCUACCACACUCUCUCUUUGCCCAAAGAAGGGGAAGCCAUGCGGGUCUCCCAUCAAUAUUUUCUACGCCGCCAGUAGAUGUACUGAACAAUUCAAGUCCUCAGACGUCUGCUCCAACUCUGCCUACUGAAACUCCGAAAAAGCGAAAGAGAUCUGAGGUGACAAGCGAGGGGCUGGAACUACCCUUGCCAAAUAUCCGGCUAUCCGAGGAGCAGAUUGCGCUUCCGUGGCAAGAUAUACGGGACAUGAUCAUCAUGUUCCGGGAAAAACUUCUUCCGUUCAUACCAGCACUCCUUCCAAAAGAUUUCCAGGAUAUAGGCGUCCUUAUUGAGACAGAACUCAGUCUCGCUUACUCCAUCUGUUACGUCACAGCACGCUUUCUGCCCGGUGGUAAAGCCAUCCAGGAAAUUUUGCUACCUCGUCUCUUGCAGUUUCUAACAAGGAUCGUAACAAGUAGUGGCAGUAGAGCUAGUGAGAUUUCUACCUUCAAGGCUGUACUUAUCCUAUACGUACAUGCGAAUUGCUCGCCCUCCACCUCUCAGCUGGCACAACAAAAUCGUACUGGGCAAAUAUUAUACUGGCCUCUCAAGUCACUCAUGGAAGUCUGUGCAUCACGACUGUCGUUGCACAGUUCGAUACAGGAUCUAAAAAUGGAGCUACGGGCGACGACGUCGGAUACAAUAGUUGACUCGCCAAGUUUCCAGCGAUAUAUGUAUUGGCUUCAAUUGUUCAUCAUGUCACACUAUGCUUCUAUAAUUAGUGGGACACCUCCGAGUAUUCGAAUAGACUCGACCAUUCGUGCAGCACCAGCACUAUUACAAGAAAUUGGACCGAACUCACAGAUGAGGCUAUUUGGCGAGGUUGAGCUCUGUCUCAUAUGGGAAAAGGCAAGCGCAGAGCAAAAGCAGUUGGGUGAAUGGUGGUGUCUCCCGGAUCCGACUGAUGACAUAGAUGACAUUGCAACGGAGGCAAUCUUAACAGAGGCUGGCAACGCAAUUGAUGCGUGGUAUGAUAAAUGGGGAAGCUUCAUUCGUAAUGGUUAGCACACUCCUCUAGCACCCUCUAUGAUACUCAUACUGGACAUCAGAUGAUGGCGUCGGAGCGGUUCUUGACCUGCUUGGUCGCUACGCCCGCUUUUGCAUUAGCAACUUCGUAGUGCGCUGCCUUCCAAAUUCAUAUCAUGGUCUAUCAUCCCGACAGAAAGACCGCGUACGGGGUUGCGUAGCAUGCGCGAACCACGUCCUCAACUGGCCGCUCAACCUGCGUCCAAUCCAGAAAGAAAAACUACGCUACGUCUCCGAUUCGGGUAGUAUCAUGCUCAAGUUUUCUGCCUUGUUUAUCAUUGCAGGUUGUCAAACUUUUUCGUCCUGUAUUCCUAAUGUCUCCCAAUGUCUUGAGAACGUCAGGGCCGUUGGGCAGCUGAUAAUUGACCUGGCAGGAGAUCAGAAUUCCAACGCACAUACUCACGGCAAUCUGAUAAUUGAUCGUGCAAAGGCGUUGAGUUUGAGUUUGGAGCAGAGCGAUUCCCAGGAGACAUUCACUGGGCCAACUUCGGAGAAUGAGCAGCUCAUAGCUGAUCUAGAACCUCAGACGGAUGAGAUCUCUGAUAUAUUAAACGCGAGCUUUAAUGGUAGUGAAGC